AUGGCGCUCCGCUACGGCGCGAGACGCCGCCGCCGGAACGCCGUCGCCUACGGCAAGCACGGCAAGGUGCUGCGCUGGAUGAUCGUGCGCCUGAUGAUCGACUACGACUGGAAGGCGCCGCAAAUCGAGCGGCACUUGUCUGUGCAAGGCCGGUUCCGCACCAUCAGCGUCGCGACGAUCCGUCGGAUCGUCAAGAUCUGGCGCGAGACGGGCGACGUCGCGACGCCCCGGGAGGGGACGCGCCGGCGACAGGGCUCGAUGCUACCACAGCACUGGCAGGAGCUCCGCACCGCGCUCCACUACUCCCCGGAUUUAUUCCUGGACGAGAUGAAGACUGUGCUGUGGCUCGCGUUCGAGGUGCGCUACUCCAUCGGCGUCAUCCUCGCCACGAUGAAAAGGCACGGAUACACGCGGCGGGUGCUCAAGCAGCUCGCAGAGAGGCGCGACGCCGAGGAGGAGCGCACCUUCAUCGACGUGUACUCCUCCCUGCCCGGCGAGUACUUCGUCUUCGUCGACGAGACGCGCAAGGACCCGCGGGGCCUCCACCGCAAGUUCGGCUACGGCCUCGUCGGCACGCGGACCUCCGUCACCUCCUCGUUCCAGCGGUCGUCGUCGUACUCGGCGACGGGCGUCCUGUCCCUGCAGGGCAUGAUCGGCUACCACAUCACGGCCGCCAAGGGCGUCAGCGCGCUGCAGUUCCUCAAUCGAAGUGCUGUACCAUCUGUACCGUAG